UCGUUUAUAUUUAAAAGAAUUUAUAAGAAGACUCCAUAUCAACUGCGGUUUGAAGUAGAAGAUAUUGGAAGUUGGGUACCCAAAACAGGUUUUCAGAAAAGUCAAAGGAAAGAUUUAGGAUCAUUUGGAAAUAGACAAAAUAUGGGAAUUGUUUUAAGGGCUUGUAUAGUAGUUACGCACAACGAUACCUUAAAUCAUCUCACUGAUAAAAGAGAUAAGCAUAUAGACAGUAUUACAAAAGUUAAUUACGCCCUAAUUUUAAUUCUGGCAUCGAUAUUUAAUGUGACCCUAAAUAUUUCUAUCACUAAUACAUGGGGCUAUAAAGAUAAUGCUUCUAAUUGGAAUGGUAUGAUGGGAGAACUUACCAGAAACGAAGCUGAUAUUGGAGGAACAGCUCUGUUUUUGACCAAAGAAAGAAUUCAUCUCAUUGACUAUAUUGCUAUGAUUUCACCGACAUUAUCUAAGUUUGUAUUCCGCCAACCAAAACUUUCUUAUGUAAGUAACGUGUAUACCUUACCAUUUGAUAGCAAAGUUUGGAUUUCCAGUAUAUUUCUCGUUAUUAUUAUAAUGGGGUCACUUUACGGGCUUACAAGGUGGGAAAAUUUAAUAGCAGUACAGAAAGUUAACAAAGUUGAAAAUACCCCCGAUGUAUUUUUUGUCACAUUUGGUGCUAUGUGUCAGCAAGGAGCACCUUUUUUACCUAAUAGGAGUCCAGGCAGAAUAGCAACUUUGGUUCUUUUUAUAUCCUUGAUGUUUUUGUACGUUUCAUAUUCGGCAAACAUUGUCGCUUUACUUCAAACGUCUUCAAAAAGUAUACGAACGCUUGAAGACCUUCUAAAAUCAAGACUUUCAGUUGGCGUCGAUGACACGGUUUUCAAUCGAUACUAUUUUAAGACCGCAGAUGAGCCUAUAAGAAAAUUGCUUUACCAGAAAAAGGUUGCACCAGCAGGUAAACCUCCGAACUUUAUGUUUAUAGAAGAUGGGGUUAGAAAGAUGAGAAAAGGACUCUUUGCUUUUCAUAUGGAAACUGGAUCAGGGUACAAACUUGUUGGUGAAACAUUUAAAGAAGAUGAAAAAUGUGACCUUCAAGAAAUACAAUUUUUACAAGUUGUGGAUCCCUGGUUAUCAAUUCAGAAAAACUCCUCUUAUAAGGAAAAGUUUAAAAUUGGGUGA